GGAUCCUGGAAGACAAAAAGCAAACGGAGGGGGAGGGAAGAAAGGCAGACGAGGACGGAGGGGUUUUUUUUAAACUGCGAGGAGAGUAAACUCACCCAAAUACUCCGCAACCUCUGACUAAAUCUGAUGUUUUAAACUGAUCUUGGCCUGAUUUCCACCUGGACCUCUUCCUGCUCCUCUCAGGCUCUGUGACUAUGAGCACCUCGGGGCUUCAGGCCACUAACCGGCAGAAUGCGAAGGAGCUCGACAGCAUGAAGGAAUCCAUCAGCGAUAUCAUCAACCAGCUCCAGGACAUCGACCCGGCCAGGCUCUCCUUCUCCCCCUUCCUGGAUCUGGACACUCAGAUCUCUUUGGCUCCGGUGUCAGACAGCCCCGAGUCAUCGGUGGAGGAGCUGCACUCGUCCUCCCACUCUGUCUCCGGCUCCCAGCGCUCGCUGGAACCGCCACCAGCGACGGAUCAGCCAAGGAGCUCUGCUCCUUGCCACCAGCAGUCUGGCGUCAGUCUCCCACAAGAGCCUCGAGCGCAUCGUGGGGAGGAGGGGGAGCUGGAUCAAACUCUUUCCAGUCCUAUCAUCACGGCGCGCAAUUUGGACGCCGCCACGGAAAACUGCGUCGGCCCUCCAACCCCGGCCUCUCAGGGAGACAUUCCCAACGGCACAGACGCACCGAGAUGGAGUCCAGAAUCCACCAAUCUGGACUGCACUGUGGACGAGGGUCGGCCUCUGAUAGGGCCGCCGCCGGAGAGCGUGGAGCUGGCUGUGUGGAGCCCAGAGGGCCGGGGAGAGACUUGCGUGGCUGCGCGGGAGGCUUCGGAUCGGGGGCAAUGCCGCUGCUGCCAGUGCACAUGCUGUCAGAGCAGCCGAGUCCCCGCUUUCUUCUCGGUGCUGGCCUCGCUUCUGUGUGCGUCCGGGAUCCUCUAUGCACUCUAUUUCUACGUGCCCAUCAAACCCCCUGACUUCCCUGACGUAACCAGCCGCAUCAUUUUCACCUUGUGCUGCUGUGUGGUGGCCGCUGUCCCCAUCCUGCUCGCGAUGCUCAUGGGUGCAGCCUGCCAGUUCUGCAACGGCUCCUUCGAUCUGCGGGAGUCGUUUCCCAGAAGAGGUGCGGUUCAGCAGCUUUUCGUCACCACAUCCCUGGAGCAGUUACUCCUCUAUGUCCUGAACCUUGUUGUUAUGGCUGCGUUACUGCCUCAAGACCAGCUGAAGUUGGUGCCUAUCCUGGUCAUAAUGUUCAUCUUUGGAAGGCUUGUUUACUGGGUCGCCCUGAACACGUGCGUCUCCUGGCGAGGCUUCGGCUCCGGCCUGAGCGUCUUCCCGCUCCUCGCCAUGGUGGCUCUUAAUCUGUUCCUUGUGUACAUGCUCCAUCUCAGAGAGCCACUUUUUGGCUCACAGGACGUCCUCUAUAAUCAGGUCACCCCCUCUUCCUGGUCAUCACAGAGCCCGAGUGCCACACCAGACAUCCUGGACGCUCAGUGAAGAGGCGAGCUGCCUGCUUCCUUCUCCGAGAGGAGGAGAUCUUUCCAAAAAUAGCCCAUUCCUGUGGUCUGCAGUUCAGCACAGCUACCCGUGCUGCCACUGCAACCUCCGACUCUGUGAUGGCUUGACUUGUGUUUUCUUGCUCCUCCCUAUACACAACCUUUUAUGUGGAUUCAUGCUUAUUAUCUGAAAUGCAAGAGCUCCGCCUGCUAGUGGCCGGGGACGCCUUUGAACAAUGCUGUAGUCAUAAAACAUUUGUCCUUUUAAGCUAUUCCUGUGCCUACAUUUAAUGUUUUGAACUCUAAAUACUUAAAAGCUCUGCUAUAUAUACAUACAUAUGUAUGGCUGGAUUUGGUUUGACCGAAACACGAGCAAAGCAGCUGCAGUUGUCAGACUUUAUUAUUAUUUGACAAAGUUUGUACAUGAUGAAGACAGAAUAAAAGCCAUUUUGUAAAAAAAACAAACAAAAAACAAAUGAAAAAAUGUCUUGCUGUUGUUGGUUUUCCAUUGACCGCUCUUUGCUUUUGCCUUGGCUGAGCGUCUAUUCCUGGAGAGACAGCGGCGUGCGUUUUCAGAGCUGGGACUGUCAUUAUGUGAUAAUAACGUGCUCCAUCUCCACCCUGCUGGCGUCCUCGCUGCUGCUGAUGAACUUGCUCGGUUUGUGGCACCAAAACGGGGCCAAAACAAAAACGAGAUGAGACGCAGUGCGUUUCGUCUGACAACUGACACUCGACUGAAGAAUACCCAGGGAUCCAGAUUACUAUAAUUACAGCAGAUUUAUUGACCCGAGGUAUUCACUGAAUCUGAAUGCAUAUUUUUCACCGUCAAAUCCAGAGAUUUAUUUGAGUUAGCAAAUAGCAGUAAAGAUUGAACCACACUCACGCACGUUACAAACAACCUGCACACAGGUUUGUCAGCGUCAGACUAAAUAACCGGCUCUGAAGGUAUCUGAGCACGGAGCACAGUGAGAGGGGAACACAGACGUUUUGAUGCGUUUCAGAGUGAAUGCCUAACAUUAUUUUGCAAAUGACGGUUUAUUAAAAGACCUUUAAUUUCCUUUCUUAUGCAUUAAUGUGCAAAAGUCUUGAGCCACCACUCUUUUGUAUUUCUUCAAAAUAUUUUGCUUCCAAGCAGCCAGACUGUCUGGUCAUUUUUAAAAGCGAUAAAAAGGCACCUAACUCAGCAGAUGAACCUGCAUUGUUUAAAUGUAACACUUGGCAAAGAAAUUGUAUCUUAGUAGCAGAAUGUCACAAUAACUCAUAAUUUAUUCCAGUUUCUUUAGUUGAAUCUACAAAAAAAAUCCAAAGAAAGUAACAUUUUUGCCAUAACAAAGUGAAUCCCAAAGAGCCACGAGCCAGAAACUGGGCAUGGUGAGCAGAAACAGGACAAAUGGGGGACUAAAGAAGAAGUCAUGUCCAUCUACUGACCAUCAGACGUGGUCUCAGUGGGAGGAUGGAUGGAUGUCAGAAACCAUUCUUAAGAAAGGGGAACGGGAAGAAAAGGCAGUGGUAUGUCAAAGUAUGUCAACUCUAUGGAAUCAGAAAACAGAACGAAAGAAAGUCGACAUCCAAAGAAGAGCUUUGAGAAGUCUGGAGAAAUAUUCCAGAAGAAAGAAAGUUUGCCUGAGAGUUCAGACUGUGUUGAAGAAUAAGUCAAGUCAACCAUGUACAGUGGUACAGUACAGAGUACUGGUGCUACACAUGACAUAUAAUGGACCAACACGGGACUACGUAAAAGCGCAAUGUGCAAAAAAUUGCAAAAAUAAACACGACAAGACAACACUACAACACUAGACAGAACAGGACGAUACAGACACAACACAGUGUAAUGGAAAUGCGCAAAAUGUUGAGUAUUGUGCAAAAGUAACUUGGGGUUACUUGGAGAGAGAGAGAGAGAGAGAGAGAGAGAGAGAGAGUGAGAGAGAUACUGCAGAUAAGUGCUUGGUAGUGAUGUGUCUGUCAGCUUGGGGGAAGAAACUGUUCCUCAGUCUGGCAGUGAGGACCUGGAUGCUCAGCAGGGUGAACAGUGUGUGUGUAUAAAUAAUAAAGGUGGUGAAUAAAGGUGGUCACACCAAAUAUUGACUUUUUUAAGCUUGUUAGAAUUGUACAAACUGUUUUUGUCUUCUGUAUUUCCAUGCAUGUUUGCA